UAGAGGGCGCUGGUCAGUCGCACGGUCCCUGUCGUUCCUCCCCGCCGAGCUCCUGCUUUCACGGUCGGCCUCGUCGGAUCGGCGCGCGCGGUGAAAAUGCCUUUCGUCGACAUCGAAACGAAUCUGGCGGCGAGCAAGUUCUCGGAGGGCUUCCUGAAGAAGCUGUGCUCCGCCACCGCGGCUGCUUUGGGGAAACCGGAGGAGAGGAUGAACCUGGUGGUGAAAGCCGGGCUGCAGAUGCUGAUCGCGGGGUCUUGUUCCUCCUGCGUGGUGCUCUCCGUGUCGGCCAUCGGCGUGACCGACACCGCAGAGAAGAACAGGGAGCACAGCGCCAAACUCUUCCCCUUCCUCACCGAGGAACUGGGCCUCGCCGAAGACAGGAUAGUGAUCCGAUUCUACGCCCUGGAGCCUCAUCAGGUGGGGAAGAAAGGAACUGUGAUGAGCUUCCUGUGAAGACUUGUUUGGACCGUUCCAGGAAGACAAUCAAGAAAUAGAAACUCUGAGGGGGGAAAAUUUGAAGGACAAAUCAUUUACUUCUGAGGAGCAGUGUUAACGAAUGGUUCUGUUUCAGCUCUCUCGUGUCAAGUUCACGUGACACCCAGAUCUAUCUAAAUCACAUUUUCCACAUUCGGAUGAUCAAAUAAAGUGCGUUGUGUGAG